AUGGCGGUAAGGGAGCGGUGCCGACCACGUGGGGCGCAGGCCGCAAGUAGUACGGGGGCGUGUGGCCGCGCGCUCCCUCCCCCCUCCCUUCCGGCCGCGCUAGAGGAGGGUGGGCGGGGCCGACCGCGUUGCCAGGUUACCGCGUGAUCGAGCGGCCCUUCAGCCAAUGGCAGCGCGGCGGGGGCGGGAGCGGCGGCGGCUGCGGGCCGGCGGUGGCCGGGAGGGUUCAGUCCCGUCACGGCCGCCUCCGCAGGCAGCAUGCUGGCUCCCGCCGCGCUGCCGGCCGCCGGCCUGUUCUACUGGGUGGGCGCGUUGGGCGCCCUGUACGCGGUGGUGCUGGGCGCCUUCCGCCUGCUGAGCGGGCUGCGUGUAUGGGUGCUGGGCGGCGGCCGCGCCGUGGGGCCCCAGCUGGGCGCAUGGGCAGUGGUCACAGGAGCUACUGAUGGGAUUGGAAAAGCCUAUGCAGAAGAGUUGGCAAGACGUGGAAUGAAAGUGGUUCUAAUCAGUCGGUCGAAAGAAAAGUUGGACCAAGUUGCUGGUGAAAUAAAGGAGAAGUACAAAGUGGAAACAAAAGUUAUUGUGGCGGACUUUGGAGAGAGAGGAGACAUUUACAACAGAAUCAAAGCAGGACUGGAAGGCCUGGAGAUCGGCGUUUUGGUAAACAACGUGGGAAUUUCGUAUUCUUAUCCGGAAUACUUUAUUGAUGUUCCAGACCUGGAUAAAACGAUUGACCAAAUGAUCAACGUUAACAUCAUGUCUGUCUGUAAGAUGACACGAUUGGUGCUGCCCGGCAUGCUGGAAAGAUCAAAAGGGGUAAUCUUGAACAUCUCAUCAGCUGCUGGGAUGUAUCCAACUCCACUGCUCACUCUUUAUUCUGCAACCAAGGCUUUUGUGGAUUACUUCUCUCGAGGCCUCCAUGCAGAAUACAAGAGCAAGGGCAUCAUUGUGCAGAGUGUUCUCCCAUAUUACGUGGCAACAAAACUGUCCAAAAUCCGCAAGCCAACCUUCAGUAAGCCCAGUCCUGAAACUUUCGUGCGAGCUGCCAUAGGCACAGUAGGCCUGCAGUCCCAGACCAACGGGUGCCUGCCCCAUGCCAUCAUGGCCUGGAUCUUCUCUAUUCUACCUACACCUGCUGCCAAGAGUUUAGUCAUGAAAACAAACAAACAAAUACGGGCUCGUUUUUUGAAGAAGCUGAAGGAGAAGUAAAUAGCAAGCAGCUAGAUCUCAGAAGCCUGGAACUCCUGCAGGUUCCAUGCCUGCACCUCAGCACUGUGUAGACCUAAUGUUUUAAACAACUGCGGUUGUAAGUGUGCUUUCUAAUAAGCAAAACUGUAUUGUUUAGAGAAUACAGACAAAUUCUUGACUUCUAAUACUGAUUUCAAAAUAGGCUUUAUUUGUUUAUAGGUUUAUUGAGUUGGGAAGUGUUUUGGACUAAAAUUACGCUAUGCUUUAAGAAAUACUUAAACAGACUUGAUCAGACACUGCACUGCUGAAGAACAGCUUGGUCAUAUAGCAUCCAUCACAUCUGAGUCUUAUGACUGUGGGUGACGGGCAGAACAAUAGUAGUUCUCUGGCAUAUUCAGAGGUAGGGAUGUGUGGGAAGGAAGUGUAUUUCUUUGAAAAGGAAGCCUGGUUCUGUUCAGAGUGUAACUUCUCCCAGCUUGGGUUUAGGAUACUUGCAAGGAUUCAUCAUUGUCAGCCAGCUAGCAAGUGCUCCCCUGCCACAUGGCCCAGUCGAAGGAACUGGGACACCAUGGGCAGGGGGGGCAGACUCUGGCUAUGUUGAAGUCAUCUCUCUGCAAAAGAGUACCUCCACUUCAGACUUCUGUGUAACUUAGAAAGGAUCACCACUUGGGAAGGAUGACCACAAAAUGGUCCUUAGCGUGAUGUUUUCAGAAGUCUGCUCAUGGAUUGGUACUGUCUUGAAAUGGAUUCUUGCACCAAAACCUGAGCAGUCAUUUAUGUGAACUUCAAGGGUUCAGUGUGACUUUUGGUUAUGAAUUUGAGGGAAGUGAGCCAAAGAACCCUAACAAACCCAAAUGAGUGUGAUUGCUCAUCUACAAAUGUAUACAUAAAAUAACAUUUCAGUAAGUGUUUAAAUUCUUGCUUCUUGAAUAUGAAGUCAACUCUUCAGUUGUAUGUAGCUUCGAUUUGUAAAGUUUUUACAAGUUCAGUGCCUGCUGUCUGUAAUAGAGGAUGAUAGCACAGCGUGGCUAAAUGUCGAGUUACGUGUUACUUGCUAGUUGCUAUGUAAGAGACCACUGGCACUUCAAAAGCAGAGCUUGAGAUGAGUUACUUUCCUUUAGCACUUUCUGCAGUACAUCAGUCCGUCUUUUGAUGAGGCCCUUCAGAAUGUGAUUCUUGACUUACUUACAAACAAGAACCAGUAAACUUCUUUAAACGUGGAACUUUUCUGUUUUCAGUGUACUUGAUUUGUUCUAUAGAAGCUCUGAGAUGGGUCAGAGUACAUGAGAGGUCUGCACUGCUGUUGUCUAUUACCUGAUCUCUAAAGAUGUGGUUCCUAUCAUUCCUUUCUGUGUGAAAUGCACCAGAACUUCCAAGCCAGAUUGAAUGGCAAGUGGUACCAGUGUUUUCAGUGGUGAGUGGCUGCAGGUUGGUUUUGGUCCCUGAGGAACAGUUCCGAGCUCUGGUUUUGAAGUGUUGCACUGAGACACGAUUUGGGGCUGACAUUCCUGUACAGUGAAGAAAACCUGAAUACCGAUGCAAUGGUGCUGCUCAGAUCUGAGCUGAAGAUCCUGUCCCAUAGUUUUCUUCAUUACUACUUUUUUGGAGCAGCAAUGGAGAGACUGGUGGUACCAGUUCUGUAAGCCUGGAGGUGACGUGGAAGCAUUGGACUAACUGAUCUGUGUGUGUUUUCACUUGGUCAAACAAAUAAAAUGACAUUCACUCUGAA